AUGAGCGCCCCAAAGUACCAGCCCUACGCCCCCUCGCCCUACUCCUACACGCCCUCGCCGCACGCCCUCUCCACCAGCAUCUCCCUCGACGAGGAGGUCAAGCUGUCGACCACCUCGCAGCAGCGCGAGCUCAACGAGAGCCUGGCCGAGAUCUACAGCAUCAUCGUCACGCUGGACUUUCUGGAGAAGGCGUACAUCAAGGACAGCAUCAACCAGGAGGUCUACACACCCACCUGCCUCCGCCUCCUCGGCCAGUACAAAACACUCCUCAAGUCCCCCGGCGUCGCCAGCGCAUUCGUCGACCUCGAGACCUUCAAGCGCGAAUACGACAUCGAAUACCCCUCCGCCACCGAGCGCCUCAAGAUCGGCGUGCCCGCAACCUUCGAGCAACCUACGCACACCUCCACCACCCCCGGCACCGCCUCCGCCCCGGCCAUCUCCGCCAAGGCCGCGGCCGAGGCCACGCAGAACUUCAUCACGUUCAUGGACGCGCUGCGGCUGUCGUACACGGCCAAGGACCAGCUGCACCCGCUGCUCAGCGACGUCAUCACCGCCGUCAACAAUGUCACCGGCGCCAAGGAGUUUGAGGGCAGGCAGAAUAUCGUAAAGUGGCUCAUUGUGCUCAACCAGAUGGGUGCGGGCGAUGAGAUUGAUGAGAGUCAGGGGAGACAGAUGUUGUUUGAUAUCGAGAAUGCGUAUAAUGAGUUUUACAAGAACCUGCAUUAA